AUGUCAGGAAAAGUAACUAGAAGAGCAAAUCGUAAGUUUGCAAGGACAGAAGAAGCACCAGAGGAAGGAAAACCACCGACUGGGGAUAUAUACAAAAGAAGAUUCAAUACUGAUGACAGUUUUCAAGCUGAAUUUCAGUCUGAAAGUAUGCGGCAAACAACUCCACUUUCAAAAUACGAAUUCAACACAAAGGAAGGUCUUAAAGUUUUGAUUUAUGAAGGCAGUAUCACUCAUUUAGAUGUGGAUUGCAUUGUCAAUGCAGCAAAUGAAAAUCUUAUGCAUGGGGGAGGAAUUGCUUUUGCUAUAUCUGAGGCAGCAGGUUAUGUAUUUGAUGAGGAAAGCAAGGAUUAUAUAGCAAAGCAUGGUCAGAUACCAGUAGGUACAUGUGCUGUGACAUCUGCUGGUAAAUUACCGUACAAGUAUGUAAUUCACUCAGUUGGACCAAGAUGGAGUGAUUAUACUGACAAAGAUCGUUGUUUACGUGAUCUCUGUGAGUCUGUAGAGGUAACAUUUAGAGAAGCUGAUAAGUUAGGGAUGAAGUCAAUUGCAUUACCUUCAAUAAGUUCAGGUAUAUUUGGCGUCCCUAGAGAUAAAUGUGUGGAGCAAUAUCAUAAGGCAGUGACGACAUUCAGCAGAAGUUACCCUUUCUUGAGACUCAGGGAAAUUCACUUUGUUGACCGAGAUGCAUCAAUGGUCAGUGCACUACAGGUAGUAUUUCAACAGAAAACUUCACGCUUAAAUAACACAGAGCCUUCUAAAGCUCCAUACGAAAGAAAAUUACAGGGAGCAAAUGAUGAUAAACUUUCACCCAUUCAUCAUGAAAUGCACCUAAAGCACUUUUCAAACUGUUGUAUAUGUAUGGAUCAACUCACAAAUCCACAACGAUUGCCAAAAUGUGGACAUAUUUUCUGCAAGAAGUGCAUCAAACAGUAUCUUGAUUACAAGCCAGCUUGUCCCACCUGUGGCCAGAUUUAUGGGAAGAUGACAGGCAACCAGCCUCCAGGGUCGAUUUCAAUUAAGAAAAGUUACCAAAGAUUGCAGGGUGUCCACGACUGCAAUAGCUUUGUGAUAAAAAUAUCUAUCUACUCGCAGACUGAUCAUCCCAACCCUGGAAAGAUGUAUAAAGGAAUUAGUCGCUCUGGUUAUCUCCCUAACAACGAGAAAGGAUGUCUUGUUGCUAAGCUGUUGAAUGUAGCAUUUAGCAGGCGUUUAGUGUUUACUAUUGGUCGCUCUAGAACUACAGGUCAGGGUGGUGUUAUUACAUGGAACGACAUACUACAUAAAACUAGACCUGAUGGAGGACCAAUUAAAUUUGGAUAUCCGGACGACACGUAUCUCGAGGGGGUGAUGGCGGAGCUGUCAGCAAAAGGAGUUACACCGGAGUCAGCUGAUGACCCACGGGAAUAUAGUGAAUAUUCCAAGUUUGUUAGUUACAGCUAG